AUUCACCAUGAUUGCAAAGUAUAAUUACUGCUGUAAAUAACAAGACAUCUGAGCCAACUGAUGCAUUGACUUUACAGGACAAUACUUUAUAUGCUAUGAGAUAACUAAAUUUCAAGUAUCUAGUAUUGGUGACAUUGACGUUGUCGUAAAGCAUGACCAUCUUGGACGUCAAGAAGUGUAAUUACUUCUUCAUCUAUGUGGGACAGGGCCAUGGUGUACGGAAAGGAAAUUAAUAUAACCAAAGAGAAAUAAUGGGAACGGUUGCAACAACCGAAUCACUUAUUGAGCUUGCAAAAGUAUUGGAAUUCUUUUUCAUAGGGUUGGCAGAAUGUGGUCUUCUAACCACGUACUCAGUUCAGCUACAGGGUACUGCUGUGGAUUUUUCAGUUCAAAUAAAAUACCAAUUUCUGCUGCUCCAGUUUGUAAAAAGUCUUCAGAGUGUACUGCUGAAGAUUCCUUCUGUUCCUGGACAUGAAUACAGUCGAGAAAUAAGUACGCAAACCAUGGGAGAAUCAAGUUUUACUGAAGUGACCUUGACUGAUACAUCUACUUCAAAAGUCUCUGAGCAACUGAGUUCUUUAGUUGAGGCUUGUGUGUUCACACCGACAGAAGAUCAACUAGAAUGGGUUGAUGAUGAUGAAGGGAGAGAACUGAAGGGUGAAAUAACCAGAACAACAGACAUCAUCAUGACUUGUCAUCCUGCAACACUGGCUGCCAUUACUACUCACAACUUUGUGGCGACACCUGUGCCAGAAGUUGCUGUCAAUUCUGCUGAUUCAGUCCUAAUUAAGCCAUGUGCGAAGGGGAGUGUGGCUAGUUCAGAAAACUGUAAUCAUGCCGAAGAAGAGGAAAGCCGUUCUGAUUCACUUGCAGGAACUGAAAAUAAGACAGAACCGCAGAAUACUACUGAAACUAGUUAUACAGACUCAGCUACUGAGACAUCCCUGGAGAAUGUCACAGUUAUGGAUUUGAAACCAUUCAUAACGACUAGUGCAACUGGGGUAUUGUCGAAUUCAAUUAAAGUGGCAUUUGGUUCUAAGCAGACAAUGGAGUCAUUGGUGCUGAAGACAUAUGGGGAAGAACAUAGUAAAGAGUGUGAUGAUAUCAGUGGUUCAGCAUCAAACAUCAUGCACAUUGUUGUGGCUACUGCGAGUCCAGAGUCAACUUCAGUGAAGCAGAAAGAAUGCGAAGAAGCUGAGGAAGAAGACGGAGACACUGGGAGCAGCACAACGAUGGCCAUAUUUAUCUGUGAGGUGUGUGAGAAGACUUUCCAAUCUGCAUGCAGCCUGGAGGUACAUCAGAAUGAGAACCAUCGCACACGAGGGCAGUGCGAUAUGUGUCACCAGAGGUUUGGCUCAGUGCAAAGCUUACAGGAGCACUGUCAGACAGAACAUGAGGGCAGGGGCUGUUUCAGCUGUCUUCUUUGUGGCAAGCGCUUCAUGACUAAACUGAGCUACCGACGCCACAUGGAUAUACAUGGGGGCAAGAAGGGUGCAGUCUGUGAUAUGUGUGGUAAGACAUUUAGUCGACCAGAUUACCUUCAGAAGCAUUACAUGACUCAUACUGGAGACCGUCCAUAUCACUGUGCUGUAUGCCCUCGACAGUUCAUCAGCAGAUCACAGCUCAAAGUACAUCAACGGACUCACACUGGCAUCAAAGAGCAUGUGUGUGACAUGUGCAACAAAGCAUUCAGCCGUGGCGACAAGCUGAAGGAGCACAUGUUACGUCACCUCAACAUUAAACGUUUCCACUGCUCUUUGUGUGAGAGAGACUAUGCUGAGAAGAGAGACCUCACAAAACACCUCAAGGUCCAUAUGACAUAACCUUCACACACGUCAUUAUCAGCAAGUGCUCUGAUGUCGUGAAUUAUGAGGGUCACCGCGCAAUAAAGUGAUAAUAUUUUAUAAAUAUUAAAAUCCAGAAUAUCUGAAAUCUGAAGACAUGAGGCAUAACUGACUGACUCCAUGUUAUAAUGUCUUCCUUGAGCAGUUAAAAGGUACUCAGCUUGUCAAGAAACUCACUUAAUGUUCAUUAUCAUAUUCACAAAAGCUUAGUACAUGCUGUACAGCUUUACUGUAUACUGUAAACUCAUUGUACUUACCCUUACCAUGACAACCAUCUUACUGAACGUUGUAAUGUUGCAGUGUCAUGGUCACGCCAAAAGUUUGAGGUGGAUGUGGGUAAAAUGCUCUUAUUGAUGCCUGGGGUGGAAAUGGAAUUUCCACACAUAUCUGCAAGGCUCUGCCAGACUAAUUUAUUGUAACUGUACCAGGACCCCAUAUUUCAUUUGUUAUUUUGAGGUGUAGGUUAUAGAUAGAGGUUUGUCACUUGUGGGACGCACUACAUGUGCCUUCAGGGUGCAGGUGGGGGGUAUUUAGUGAACAAAACCAUUAACAUUAAUGCUAAAUAACCUCUGCAGCUGAUAUAACAUUAUUAAAUAACCUGUGUACCAACAAGUGGCCAAGCCUUGGUUUUUAGGGUUGUCUAUUAUAUUUUACUGAGUGAUGCUGUGUCAUCUGCAAAGACUGGGGUAUGAGCAAAGGAUAGUGACGUGUGGUGAAUUGUAGGAGAAGAACAGUUGUCAAUUUUAAUAUCUGCUCGCUGUCUCCAUUACAGAUACAUUUUUAUUUAAUUCAUUUAUGUGUUUUAUGUUUGAACUGAAAACUGAUGCAUUAAUUCUGUGUUCAGUGUUGCAGACUGUUCUAACUUAUGUGUCAUAUUUACAUGAAAAUUGAAUGCUGUUACUUUGUAUAUUAUU